AUGUCGAGGAGGAGGGCGGUGCCGGCCGCUGCUCCUACCUUGAUAGAUGGUGCUUGCUGCUCUGAGCUGAAUUUUGCUGCGGCCUUUGAAAAUUUGGAUAACUACGUGUAUUUCGUGGUCUAUGGGGAUGAUGGCAAUGAGCUGGGUUGUGCUGUCGCUGAAAUCCUGAAUCGCUUUGAGAGGGACUCAGAGGGUGCCUAUCUAGAGUUGAAGUACCUGGGUUGCAGUGAUGGCUAUUACCGUUGGUACUUUCAGCACGAAGGGCAGCGAGGUGGGUUGCCUAGAGGGGCAUGCCACCAUCUCUGUCGGCGUCAUGUGACCAGAUGCUCCCGAGCUAACUCAGACCCAAAGGUUAUUCAUAUUCAAAAGUGGAGCCCAGUGUCGAGGCAGGAGGCCAGUGACUUGCUGGAGGGUUGGGGUGACGGCCUUUUGCCUUCUGAGCCAGUGCGGCCGCCUGCAUCCUCUCCUGCUUCUACUACCAAGGCGAAGACCAAGGCUAAGAAGCCCAGUGGGCAGAUGAGUUUGCCGGCCCCAGUGGAGGAAGUUGAUGAUGGUGAAGAAGAGGCGGAAGCCGAAGAGGAUGAGCCUCAAGUUCCGUCUAGGCCACCCUUGAAACGCAGGCGGAGGAAGCCUGCCAAGGUGGCAGCUUUGGAUGCCAUGCUGGACGAGCCUGAGGAGGACUAUGAGCAGGCCGCUGGCGUGGAUUCACAAGCAGAGCAGCGUCUGCAGCUGCUGAGGCGCAGGCUGCAGGGCAAGAAGGAGGAAACCAAGACGUCGAAGUCUCCCGCUGCAGUGUUGGCACAAAGAGCCUCCUCAGCGGCCGAAGGCUCCCGAAAGCGCAAACCGCGUGAGAAUGUGCUGAAGGCCUUGGGCAGGGCGCUGGUUGGCAAAAGCCGUGGCUCCCGUGACGUUGAGUCAGAGGAGGACAGCGAGUUCGAGGAUGACACCGACGAGGAUGGCUAUGAGCUGGCCAAAGGUGACUGGCAGGCAAAGCGACGGCGACUUCGCAAGAUUGCUGAUGAGAGGCCGGGGCACCUGCUGGCCCGAACCUUGGCGAGCUUGCAUGAGCAACUGGCGGCAACAACUGGGGAAGAGUCGAAGGACCCUUUGGCUCCCAUCAUGGCCAUUGACCUGGUUUUGAGAGGGAAGAUCGACUCGGCAGCGGAUGUCAUGGUACAGCGAGUGAAAUCCAUCCUGAUGACGGUCAGGGACGGAUCAUCGCAGUGUGGCCAGUACCUCGAGCUGAUUCCAGAUCAUGACUCUUUGGGCGUGUCCUUUGAAGAGAGCUCCUUUGCCCGUGAACAG